AUGGCUCCUCAACGCAAGUACUACACUGUUGGCGUGUCCAAUAAAUUCUCGGCCUUUGCGGACAAUGCCAGCGAAGGAGGGGACUCUUCCGGUGAAGAGGAUGUGAUUCUCUCCGCUCCUCCAGCGCCCACAGCGGAAAAGGAAAACACCGGCGGGCGGACGCUGACGGGAAAUGCCGGCAAGAAAAGCGGCAACGAGGGCGUCUCUGCUCACCACGCUUCCGAACGCCGACCCCGAACUACCACUGGAGCGCGCAACGAGCGCUUCCCGCGCGACGAGAACGGUCCUCCGCGCGGCCGCGGCGGCCGCUUCCCGCGCGGAGGCCGCCCGGCGUACCUGGGCGGGCGCCAGGGCGCCGAGGGUGAAGUGAGCGAGGAGACUGGCGAGGGUCAGCAGGGCGUCGUCGAGGACGGAUACGGCGGGUACUCGCGCCGCGGCAACUUCCGCGGCGGCAGGGGCCGUGGAGGCCGCGGCGGCCGCGGCGUGCAUGACCGCCACACCGCCGCCUCCAUGGGCGGGCGCGACCCCAAGAAGGGCGGCGGCGGCGCGCACAACUGGGGUGACGACGAGCGCGUCGCUGCCGAGGGCGGUCAGGAGCAAAAGAGAGAGGAGGAGAAGGAAAAGCGCGUCGACGGCGAAGAAGUCGAAGAGGGCGAGAAGAAGGAGGGUGAGGGAGAGGUAGCCGAGGCUGAGGAGGAGAAGAAGGGCGAAGAGGUUCUAGACUUCGAGGCGUACAAGAAGAUGCUCGAGGGAAAGCGCCAGAACCUGCCUAACUUCAUCACGAAAUCGAACAAGAAGAUCACGACUGACCAAGAGCUCGAGGCCGAGGGGUACACUCUCCACGUGAAGGAAGGCCGUGAGGAGGAGGAAGAGGAAACCGCUUCUGAGGAGGAAGGCGAAGAGCCGAAAAAGAAGACCAUGAACGUGUUCGAGUACAUCCACAACGGAGGCGGCCGCGUCAACCUCUUCCCCAGCAGAAGGAGGGGCCGAGGAGGCCCUGCAGGAGCGCAAGGCGGUCGCGGCGAGGGCUACCGCGGAGGCCGUGGCGGCCGCGGGGGAUUCGGCAAGAGCCGUGACGCCCCCGAUAUUCAGGACGAGCGCGCCUUCCCCAGCUUGGGCGGCAGAUAA